GGGAGGGGAGAGAGAGCGAGAGAGAGAAAAGAGGGGGAGCACAUGUGUAUGCUUGUCACUAAGGGGCUGGGAGAAGGACUAAGGGAAGCGAGGUAGCUGGCCACAGCCGCCAUAUGCUGACUGGAUUCCUGUUCAUGUCUGCUGUGUGAAGACUGUAGGUUUGUGUUGUGUGCUGGCCGGCCGGGGAACACACCAUGGGAAGCUCACAUCUCCUCAACAAAGGCAUGCCUCUAGGCAUCAGGCCACCCAUUAUGAACGGGCCCAUGCACCCGCGCCCCCUGGUGGCGCUGUUGGACGGGCGCGACUGCACUGUGGAGAUGCCCAUCCUGAAAGACGUAGCAACUGUGGCUUUCUGUGACGCCCAGUCCACACAGGAGAUCCACGAGAAGGUGUUGAACGAAGCUGUAGGAGCUCUGAUGUACCACACCAUCACCCUGAUGCGAGAAGACCUGGAAAAGUUUAAAGCUCUGCGCAUCAUCGUCCGCAUCGGCAGCGGCUAUGACAACAUUGACAUCAAGUCUGCCGGGGAACUGGGCAUAGCUGUGUGUAAUAUGCCGGCAGCCUCAGUGGAGGAGACGGCAGACUCCACGCUGUGUCACAUCCUCACCUUGUACCGACGCACCACCUGGCUGCACCAGGCUCUCCGGGAGGGCACACGGGUUCAGAGUGUGGAGCAGAUUCGAGAGGUGGCGUCAGGAGCUGCGAGAAUCAGAGGAGAGACACUGGGACUUAUAGGGCUUGGUCGGGUGGGCCAGGCUGUAGCUCUGCGAGCCAAGGCCUUCGGCUUUAAUGUGAUCUUCUAUGACCCUUAUUUGGCUGACGGUGUAGAAAGAUCCCUGGGACUACAAAGGGUCACCACACUACAGGACCUGCUGUUCCACUCCGACUGCGUCUCUCUGCACUGCAGCCUCAAUGAACACAACCACCACCUGAUCAACGACUUCACCAUCAAACAGAUGCGUCAGGGGGCGUUCCUGGUGAACACAGCCAGGGGGGGUCUGGUGGACGAGAAGGCCCUGGCUCAGGCCCUGAAGGAGGGGAGGAUACGUGGAGCUGCUCUGGAUGUUCACGAGACAGAGCCUUUCAGUUUCAGUCAGGGCCCGCUGAAGGACGCUCCCAAUCUGAUCUGCACCCCGCACGCUGCCUGGUACAGUGAACAGGCAUCACUGGAGAUGAGAGAGGAGGCAGCCAGGGAGAUUCGAAGGGCUAUCACAGGUCGUAUCCCAGACAGUCUGAAGAACUGUGUGAAUAAGGAGUUCCUCUCACAGAACAACCACUGGGCAGGAGUUGACCCAGCCACCGUCCACCCCGAGCUUAACGGGGCUUAUAGAUAUCCUCCAGGAGUGGUGAGCUUGCCAGCUGGUGGCCUCCCGCCCCCCGUCGAAGGCAUCGUGCCCAGCGCCGUGCCCAUUACGCAUACCCUCCCGCCUGCUGUCACACACCCUCCUCAUGCCCCGUCCCCUGGACAAAAUACAGUCAAGCCACCAGAGGGCGACAGAGAGCAGCAUCCGAAUGACCAACUGUAGCCACGCACACUCACACACACACGCUUGCCUGUGUUGUCUGGCGACCGGAGGAGGAGGUUGGCACAGCAACCGGGAUCAUAGCGCUAAGUUCCCUAGUGACAAGUUGUUAUCAGAGAGGUUCACAGAGUGUCAGAUGGACAGGUUGAGGUCCCAAUAACAAUCGAUUCACAACUCUCUGGCCAAUUGGUUCCCAGCAGCCAGUUCACACUCCAAAGAAGAAGAUGAUGAUAAAGGGGAUGAUGAAGAGGAGUGGAUAGCUGCCAGAUGCUCUAAUCAAGAGCAAGACAGUUGUCCUCUGCUCCAACCACAAGUCCUGAGAAAGAGUGUUAAGAUCCACAGGUUGAUCUUCACGUAACAACUACAGUAGAGCCAGAAGAAGAAAAAAAAACAAUAACUAUCUGCUGAUUUGGGAAGAAAAAAAUACUGAAACAAAUUCUGCUGUCUUAGACUGUAGUGUGUCCAAAGUUAGCGGGGCGGGUUCCAUGUCUUUCUCUCUUUUUCUGUGUCCUUUCCUUAGUUUGAUGUACAAGCAAAAGUAGUAGGUUAUGAAAUGAAUGUAACCUGUCUGUGUACAGUUUUUAGACUUACGGCAAGAAGAUACUGAUAUUUGUAUUCCAGUCUUAAACAAGGUGAUCUCUCCAUGUAGCCAAACUGGUUUGAGAAUACAAUAUCUGUUUUUGUUUCAUGUGUCCCCAAAUUAACAAGCCCCCCACCCUUCCCAAAAAAAAGAGGCAGCUUUUUGCACACCAUCUCAGGAAAUUAAGUUUCCGCAGUUGGUAUAUUAUUUUUUAAAUUUGUUUUAAACAAAAUUCCUUUUUAUGCCACUUAGUGCUUUUGUUUUUCUACCUGCUUGCCUUUUCGUGUCCUGCUACAUUAGAUAAGAAGAACUUUAACGAGAGCUAAAGUCGAUCUAAUGUUUGCUUUUGUUUGUUUCUGUUUAAGGGGCAUGUGAUUUUGCUCUUGGGACUUGUGUAAAUGUUUGACCCAAAUCGAGGGGGUUGCGGGAGGAAAGGCUGUAGGGUGGUGGCGUAAUGGUAUGCUUGGCUGGGACGACUUCAUCCCUGGUCGCCAUUUUGAAUUUACAGAGUAGAUUGAUAGUAGGUUGGUUUAAUUAGUUUAGAGGACAAAGCAGGUUGUAGAGAAGGCAAUGCACUGAGAGUUUGUAGCAGCUCACAGUUUGAGAGACAGGUUGUCUCCUUUAUGUCUAAUGAUCCAGUACUUCCACUAUGACACACAUUAACUGUCCAAGUCAUGGAGCAUGAAGAGUUCACCACAAAGAGGUUUACAAAUGAUGCACAACGUUGGUGAAUCAGUGUGAUGCUUCAUGCUAUGGAUCUGUCAAAUCCAGCAAUAUAUAAAACUGCAUCACUUGUAGAGACGUCACAUCCAGUUAAGGACAGUUAAUGGUGACUGACUGAUGAGGAACAGUUGUGUUCUUGAGGUCAGGUCAAACCACAUCUUCAUGUUUUUGAUCCGCUCCCAAAUCUCAAUGGCUUGUCAGUUUGAUCAACUUUCAACAAAGACGUUUGAUGAUAGCAUGUCAGAACAUACGGAUUUCUUCGGUCUAGUAUCCCUUUAACAUUUCAUGCCGGGUCCUUCCUGAGUAUACCGUUCAGCCGCCCUCUGUGGCCUCUGUGUCUAUGUGUACAUAUGGUGUUCUGCCUGCCUGUGUCAAUGUGACUUGGUUGUAUCUGUGUCUAAAAAAGCAGCACUGGGAGGAGGGGUGGUGGCAAGUACUCUCCACAAGGCAUCAUUACAAAGACUGCCAUCUAAAUACGCAACUAAACACUAUGUUAAAAAAAUGCUUAGAAACUUUGAAUCUAAGCUGGCAAACUGGCCCAGUAAUUCACAAUUUUACUGGUUACAUUCCCACCAUGUAAGCAAGAUGCUAAUGGUGUUACAUCAGCAUUCAAAUAUCUGAAACUCUUCUUUCUGGAAUAUUUCUAACUGAUUCCAAUUCACGUGUUGUUGAUGUAAGCAGGUCAGCUACGUGACGGUGCUUUUUGGAUCCCCCUUCUACCAGCAGCUGAGUAGUUAAAACAGUUCACUGUUGCCUACCUGGUCUUCUUCAUGGUGAGGUAGUAAGAGUAGCAAUCAGGGAUGGAAAUUUCACUAGCCACUGGUGAGUAUUUCUGAGCUCUCAGAAUCUGAAGGGUACUGAGGCUGACAUUUAAAUAUCACUGUCAGACAAGAUCUCCAAAAUGCUGUAAUAGUGUGAAUUUUACUCCUAAUCUUUCCUCGCCAGAAACCCUUGAUGUCGUUAGGUGAGGGAGAAACUCUUUGCUAAUACUUCCUGAUAUAAACUGUAAGCAUUCCUCACUCAAACCGAUGGGUGCCACGAGUUAAAAACAACAGACUAGCUUUUUAAAGUGUCGAGGUGCUCCUUGAAAUUCCAUCCCUGGUAGUAACACACAGUCCACUGUUGCCUACCUUGGUCCCCUUUAUGGUAAAGUAGUAGGCGUAGCAAUAUACAGUAUACAUAUUCUAUAUUCUACAGUAAAUAUCAUUAUUUUUGGUCAAAACUGACAACCUCACAAAGAUAUGUUUGUGACUGUAUGCAUUUGUAUGAAUUAUUUUAAAAGGAAAUAAACUGUGGAAAGGUGAA